AUGUCCAUUUUGGGAAAUAAUUCUAAUGCUGACAUAUGGGCAUAUAGGCAGAUGGGUCAAUUGUUUAUGAUGGGCUUUGAUGGGACCGAAGUGAAUCCACAAAUUCGAUCGCUCAUCGAAAAUUAUCAUCUAGGCGCUGUGUUGCUAUCCGCGAAGAAUCUGAAAUCCGCCGAGGACGCUACGAGAUUGGUUUUGGAAUUACAAACCAUUGCUCGUGAUGCAGGUCAUCCCGUCCCUUUACUCAUUGCUCUGGAUCAGGAGAAUGGGGGCGUCAAUAGUUUAUAUGAUGAAAUUUAUAUCAGACAGUUCCCCAGUGCCAUGGGCAUUGCGGCGACGGGCUCCAAGUCCUUGGCUCGCGAGAUCGCUUCCGCCACCGCACAGGAGCUCAAGGCUGUUGGCGUGAAUUGGAUCUUGGGGCCUGUGUUGGAUGUCUUGACCAAUGUACGAAAUCAACCUCUAGGUGUUCGAACUUCUGGAGAUGAUCCUCAACAGGCUUCUCAAUUCGGUGUUCAAUUCAUGAGGGGAUACCAGGAAGCAGGCUUGGUAACAUGUGGGAAACACUUUCCGUCCUAUGGCAACUUGGAGUUCCUCGGUUCACAGAUGGAUGUCCCUAUCAUCACGGAGUCUCUAGAACAACUCAGUCUGAGUGCUCUGGUACCCUUCCGCAAUGCCAUCACCCAAGGCCUGGACGCUAUGAUGGUAGGCGGUGUAUCAUUAUCAUCUGCUGGAAUGAAUGUGAUGCACGCCUGCCUGAGCGACCAGGUUGUCGACGAGCUCUUGAGAAAAGACCUUGGGUUCCAAGGGGUGGUGGUGUCUGAAUGCUUAGAAAUGGAGGCCCUGACACAUAACAUUGGGGUAGGAGGUGGCACUGUGAUGGCGAAGAACGCCGGCUGCGAUGUCAUCCUUUUAUGCCGGUCCUUCCCCGUCCAGCAAGAAGCCAUCAACGGACUCAAGCUGGGGGUGGAGAAUGGUAUCAUCGGCCGACAGCGAAUCGAGCAGUCGUUGCGCCGGGUCUUGGCUCUGAAGGCCCGCUGCACUUCCUGGGAGCAAGCCUUGAAUCCUCCGGGGCUUUCUUCGCUUACACAAAUGCAACCCUCGCAUACUGACCUUUCAACCCGGGCUUACAACUCUUCUAUCACGGUCAUGCGAGAUAAGAGCAAUUUACUGCCAUUGUCCAAUGUCAUCGAUGCAGACGAGGAACUUUUGCUCCUAACCCCACUGGUCAAACCACUCCCAACCUCGGCAGUCUCUGUGCUGUCGGAGACUGCACAUGGCCCACUCGAUCCAUUGUCUUCAGAAAGAGCCUCCUCAAUCCUCAGCGGAGAAGGCGUAUUCAAAGAACUCGGACGCUCGCUCUCAAGACAACGAAAUGGCCGCGUUUUACACACCUCGUAUACAUCCAACGGCGUGCGUCCCAUUCACGAAGACCUCAUCCAACGAGCAAGUGCCGUCGUCGUGGUCACAGCAGAUGCAAAUCGCAAUCUAUACCAGCAGGGCUUCUCGAAACACGUCUCCAUGAUCUGCCAAUCCCAAUAUAAUAAUACCUCCUCCGGCGAGCAACACAAAAAGCCAUUGAUCGUUGUGGCAGUUAGUUCGCCUUAUGAUUUUGCCAUGGACUCCUCCAUCGGUACCUAUAUCUGCACAUACGAUUUCACAGAAACCGCCCUGCAGGCACUAGUGAAGGUCUUAUAUGGCGACCUAACACCGUCAGCGGCGCUCCCCGGCUACAUCGGCCGCACCCAGAAAACCAUCCACCAUUCCCGCCAGCACUGGCUAGUCGAGAACUGGAACGAAGAACGCGAUUCUUUCGCCCUAGACGCUCUACUCGACACCAUUCGUUCAGACUGCGCACCCGGGCAACGGUCAGAGCUCCUAGGCGCAACAUCCAGCAGCUUCCUCCUCCGAAAAGAUGACAUCGACGAAGCUCACUUCGUCGUACGUAACAGCAGCACCCACGCCCUCUACGGUUUCUGCGCAACAUACUUCUUCCGCUCUACAGGCACAGGAGUCCUAGGCUGUCUAAUAGUCGACCCAAGUCGUCGAAACCUCUCAAUCGGUCACUCCCUACACAGUCGCGCAAUCAGAACACUCCUCCAACGGAACGGGAUGCGUCGCUUUCAGCUCGGUUCCCGUCUCCCGGGAAUCUAUCUCGGCAUUCCGACAGUCAACCCAGUCGAACGCAAACGUCUACGCCAGUGGUUUGCAAAUCUGGGCUGGAACACCGCCCUCUCCAAGCCACUUUGCAGCUUAGUCCUCCACAAUUUGUCCACCUGGGUCCCGCCCGAUGGAUUGACAGCCACGCUGCAGAAUGCACAAGUUAUCUACGACCUCGUGUAUGGGUGGGAUUUCGCUCGUGCUAUACUCGAACAUAUUAAGACGUAUGCGCGCCAAGGCGUGGCGGAUAUCUACCGGAUGGCUCUUGGUGGAGCGCCUAAUUGUGGGAUUAUUCGGGCCAAGAGACCUUCCGAUGGGUUGAUCUUGGGGAGCAUCGUAAUUUAUAAUGAGCGUUCUGCUUUGGCGGAGCAUAUGCCCGUUUUGCGGGCUACGCAGACUUCUGUUGGAGGCAUUUCUUCACCGGUUAUUUCGCCUUGUGGGGAGGAUUAUUCGACUGUUAUGCAGGGUUUGGUUUUGUUGGCUAUUAAGCAGAUUCGAAAGUUGAGUGCUAAUGCUGUUGUUAUGGAUUGUGUUGACGGUGAUGGCAACUUUGAUAACCUUUCCACCAUGGGCUUUACUAUGCUGCAUAGCUUUGAAGAGGUCAAUUGUGAUGCAGCGACGUGGACGAUGAUGCAUACAUCGUAG